AUGGCUGAGGGGCGCAGGGCUCCCUCAAAAGAGGAUUAUGGGCCAGGCUGGACGCAGCUGACGGAUCAUGGAAAGAUCUACUUGAGCAAGAAGGAGAAGAAUGUCUUCAUCCUGGAAGGGACGAAGUCUGCGGGCUUUUCUGGCUGCGGCUACGGCGGCAGCUUGGAAGAGAGGACUGCCCUGGAGAGCGGCUCUUUCUCGGUGACCAGCGAGGUGAAGUGCAUGCCAGGGGGUCAGACUCCCGAGCAGCAGGUCUUCCUGUUGCUGGAUUGCACCAGUGUCACAGACCUCUCCUCUGGCUGCGACUUUUGCGCUGUGCGGCUGAGCUUUGACACUCGAGAGGUCCGCGUGGAGAGUCACAAGCGCAACGCGUCGACUCAAGUUCUCUUCGCCCAGCCCAACUGCACCUUGCUGCGGCCGCAGGCGUACGUCACCGUGCUGGUGGAGUUUCACGGGGACACCCUGACCCUCUCGCUGAGCGGUGUGGCGGUGGCCAGGAACCUCCGAGUGGACCGAUGUCAGGGCGGGGGCGUGGGAUUAGCCGCCUAUGGCAAGACCAGGUGCUACGUGCGGCGUUUCCGCAUGGCCCCGCUGGCCGCACCGCCAGACGAGGAAGCGGCGGUGGCGUCCGCUGCCGCGUCCGCGCCCACGCAGACGAGCCGCAAGGGCGGGGCUUAUGGCCCUUGCCCCAUGGGUAGCUCAGCGACGGAAGAGAUGGACUUGGCCAUGACGAUUGAAAGGGACAUCGUCUGCCAGGAUUUGAAGGUUCGCUUCGAAGACAUAGGAGGUCUAGAUGACGCAAAGCGUGCGAUCAACGAGGCGGUCAUACUGCCCUUGCUGAUGCCAGAAUUUUUCGUGGGUCUGAGGAAGCCAUGGAAGGGCGUUCUACUGUUUGGACCUCCGGGAACAGGCAAGACAAUGCUGGCUAAAGCGGUGGCUUCUUGUGCGGAGAGCAUCACCUUCUUCAACUGCAGCUCCGCCACGCUCACCUCCAAGUGGCGGGGCGAGUCCGAGAAGCUCCUGCGGGCCCUCUUCCAGACCGCGCGCUCGCGGGUUCCCGCCAUCCUCUUCUUUGACGAGAUCGACUCGCUUUUGUCCCAGCGAGGCGGCGCAGCCGAGCACGAGGCAUCACGGCGCUUCAAGUCGGAGUUCUUGAUCCACAUGGAUGGGUUGCUUAGCGAUUCACAGGACCAGAGCGGGCACCUCUUCGUGUUGGCCACCAGCAACUCGCCAUGGGACCUCGAUGAAGCGUUACGGAGGCGCCUGGAGAAGAGGAUUUACAUUCCCCUGCCUGAAGAAGACGCUCGUCACCGCAUGCUAGAGCACUUUCUGAAGGACAUUGUGCUUGCCGAAGACGUGGAUUUGGCAGACUUGGCCCGGAAGCUGGAGCGCUACAGUGGCGCAGAUGUGCAGCUGGUCUGCCGCGAAGCAUCGAUGAGCCCAAUGCGUCGCAUGGUGGAAGGACUUGCGCCAUCGGAGUUGCUGCAGUUACGCAGCGAAGGAAAGCUGAAUACGGAGAACCUCUCUGUGUGCAUGGCUGACUUUGAUGCAGCCAUUGCCAGAGUGCAGCCUUCUGUGUCACGCAGCGACACUUACCGCUACCUGACGCAGUCCAUGCAGUCCAUGCAGUCCACGCAGGCCAUGCAGUCCACGCCCCGAAACGGCCCAGUGCCGUCACCGCCCGCUUCACUCAGCGCCACCAGCCUGACCAGCUCCACCACUUUCCCUAUGGGACAAUCCGCUGAACCGGGUGCGUUUCUUUGCGAUCCCUUGGAACGAAUGCUUGUCAUCAAUUUACCUGGGCAAGCGGGAGAAGCGCGCCGCGUUCAUAUCACCCGCGAAUUCGCCAAGGCAGGCCUGCAUGGGCGCUACCACUUCUGGCCGGCAGUCUCAGCCCACGAUGACACACAGUUGGCCAAGGAGUUGAAGCUGCCCAGCUGUCCCUGCGACAAGAGGGCGGCCCUUGCGCUGAGCCACCGGCGCAUCUACGAGACCAUGGUGGCGGAGCGAUGGCCUUGUGCCAGCAUCUUCGAGGAUGACGUGUCGCUGGCCCGCAACUUUGGACAUCGUUUGGCAGCCGUAGCUGGAAGCAUCCCGCCCUUUGAUACGAUACAGCUGGGUUUCUGCAAGCAGGGCCGCAAGGUGCACCAUGGUCCUGAAGAUCAGGAAUCUAUUCCAGUGCUGAAGUACGGCUGGCCGGGUGCCUGCGUGCAUGCCAUGAUUGUCAGCUUGCAAGGCGCACACUACCUUGCUGCGGGGAACACUCCUGUCCACACAUCCGCAGACGCAGCCAUGGACCCCAAGCAUCAGUGGAACUGGACCCGACGCGUGCAUCUGGAUAACAAGUCAGGAGUGCCCGGCUCGUAUUGGUAUACUGAUCCCAUUCUUGCAUGGCAGGGCGGUGACCACCUGGAUGGCGGCGCUUGAGCCACGUUGAGCCCCAGACGGGACCGGCGAACGGGCCGUUGCGACGCACGUGGAUGGAAGCCACGCAGAUGCAAUCCUUCCUGACGAAGCCUGUGGCCACUGCGGACACUGAAGAAGCGCGUCACCCGGAGACGCUGAGAUCGCGGAAGCGCCGAAGAACUUGCAUACCCGGGUGCCGUAGCACGGAUGGUGUGG